CUUCGCGUGCGCUUCGCCGACGCCCUGGGCCUGGAGUUGGCGCAGGUCAAGGUGUUCAACGCGGGAGACGACCCGUCUGUGCCCCUGCACGUGCUGUCGCGGCUCGCCAUCAACUCGGACCUGUGUUGCAGCAGCCAGGACCUGGAGUUCACCCUGCAGUGCCUGGUGCCCGACUUCCUGCCUCCAGUCGAGGCCUCCGACUUCGGCGAGCGCGUGCUGCGGCAGCUGGUGUGCCUGGAGCGCGUCACCUGCUCCGACCUGGGCAUCAGCGGGACGGUGCGAGUGCGCAACGUGGCCUUCGAGAAGCAGGUGGCGGUGCGCUACACCUUCUCUGACUGGCACAGCACGCACGAGGCGGUGGCGCGGUGGCGUGGGCCCGCCGGCGCCGAGGGCACCGAGGACGUCUUCGCUUUCGGCUUCCCGGUGCCGCCCUUCCUGCUGGAGCUCGGCUCACGUGUGCACUUCGCGCUGCGCUACCGAGUGGCCGGUGCCGAGUACUGGGACAACAACGAUGGCCGCGACUACAGCCUCACUUGUCGCAACCACGCGCUGCACAUGCCGCGAGGGGAGUGCGAGGAAAGCUGGAUCCACUUCAUCUGAGCCCUGCAGGCGGCCGCUGACUCUGGGGAGGGCAUGGGGGCCGGUGAUUCCUCCUCCGCCUCUGAGGGCCUUUGCAUGUGUCAUGGACGUGUCCCUGUCUAUGCUGUUGUUAUUUAUUACUGUGGUGUUAGGAGCGUUCACCCAUAGUGGAUGUCUUCUCAGGAACGUUCUGGAUUUAAUAAGCUAAGUCCUGCUGUGCGUUUGUGCCCAAUGUAAACAGAAUGUCCAGUGGCCCCUUGAGACAUUCCUGCCCCAGGGCAAGGAAACCCUGAGACUAAAUUCGUUUGCCAGUGCCUGUAGCCUUCUAACACUGGGCAACUAUUAAUAGGCAAGAAAUUUAUGCCUCAUCAGUCACCACACAACCAUUCCUGGGAGUUGAGGCUGCCCUGGCCAGGCUGUUUCCUACAUCCACAGCUGAAACGGAGGAAAAGGCUUCAAGCUUUUUAACUGGCAAAGUCCCUUCCUUUCUCUGCAGUCACUCUUGUCACGCCAUGUAUUUCUCAUGGACACGUCUGACAAUUCUGUAUCUGCACAUUAUCAGGUCAUUCUGUUUAGGUUUGAAAUUACCGGAACACUUUAAGAAAUCCUGCCUUAAAUUAUUUCAGUCUCCAGGUGACUACAGAAUUUCAUGCAACAGCGCCCUUUGCAAUUACCUUCCCGAUGAUUGCGGUGUUGCGGUGAUUCACCACAGGGUCCCAGCAUUCAUCUUUGAGAAGUCCAGUUACCUAGUGGAACUAGAAGGUGUUUUCAGGGAUAGCCAGAGUAUGGAGCAGAAGUAAUUCACAAAUACUUAAACUUUUCAAUUGUUUUGAAUUGUAUUUAUAUGUCAUAUUUUAUCAGCUACCUGCCAACUUUAUUCUUUGUGCCUUCGGACAGGAGAAUUUCCAACAUCUUCUGCACUUGUUAACCAGUUUUAAAAUUUUAAAUGCUUUUUAAAAACCCUCCAGCUGAAAAGCCUGCCCUCUGCAAAGCAUCACAGUGAUUUAAAACUCCCACUGAAGGGCUGAUGAGAAUCUGUUGGUGCUUAGCAAGGGCUCUCUGACAGAGGUGCUAGAACUGAGGUGUGAAAAAUCAGCUGAGACAGACAGGAUCUUCAGUUAAUGGAAUUUGUUCCUAGUAUAGCUGAAACCAGUGUAAUCAAUUUUGUGAUAAACUCACCAGUGAAUUAACUCUAAAUUUUUGAAUGCUUGUUGGCAUUUGUGAAAUCGAUAGUUAAAAGAUGCAUUUUGCCUUUUAACCAAUUUGUUUUUGAUAAUGGCAUCCUUUGUGUUUUUAAAAUUCUAAGAGCGGGGAUAGCUUUCUUUGAUACCUUUUAAUAUAAGAACACUGAAUUUUCAUUUAAAAUACUGUGAUUAAAUCGCACAACCUCUGGCUUAGCACUGUGCGCUACAUUAACAUGCAAGAGAGAGAGAAGGCUGGUUGCAUUUCCUGCUAUUUAACAGACUGUCCAAUUGGGUCAGCAAGCCUGGGAGGGCCUUGGCUGCUAUGCCCUUAGCCCCUGCCCAGAGUGCCAGACAAUGGUCCAGAGUAUUCAGGUGGGAGUUAGAGCUGCCAAGCAUAUUGUUGUUCGAAGGCAUGUAAAAACUCUUGUAACCUCUGUGAAAAUCACUUGCCAAAAUGGUUCUGGUCAUGGAAUAUAAAUGUUAUUAUCUUCAAUAUUAAGAGAACCACAACGUGCCUUUUAAAGAGUAUCAACAUUCUGAAGUUUAAAAGCUCGAAUAUACUUGUCUAGCUGGUAAGCUGUGCAAACAGCUUGAGAACUCUCAGACUCUAAAAGUUAUAUUGCUUAUAAGUUAAAACUUUGUAGUGAAUUGUGCAAUUGUUGGAUUGUCCCCACAAGCAUAUUCUAACAUCUGCCAUUUAACGUUAUUUUACCCAAGCCUAAGUAUUAAAGUAUAUGUGCACAGUG